CAUCAUCAACAUCUUUCCUUUCAAUUCUGUACCAAGUCCCUCUGCUCUUCUUCAAUGGCUCUCACUUCUAGUCUCCUGCUUCUCUUCUCCAUCUCUUUCGUUCAGCUCCAGUUCCUGGCCGAAGCUGAUGAUCAGUUUGUUCAAUCAAGUGCUGCUUACUACCCAGACUCAGCCCAAAAUGGCACCUCAGAUGGAUCAUGCGGAUAUGGCUCAUUUGGUGCAACACUUAACGGCGGAGAUGUAUCAGCUGCAAACAGUCUCUACAGAAAUGGUGUUGGUUGUGGAGCUUGCUACCAGGUGAAGUGCACCAAUGCCAAGAAUUGCUCAGAUAAUGGUGUGACAAUUGUGAUAACAGAUUCAGGAGCAAGCGCCAAUACUGACUUCAUACUGAGUCAGCUAGCUUUCUCUCAGAUGGGUCAGACAACCGAUGCAGGCACAUCACUUUUGGCUCUUGGGUCUGUCAAUAUUGAGUACAGAAGGGUUUCCUGCAGCUACCCAAACAAGAACAUAACCAUCAAAAUUGACGAGAGCAGCAACUUCCCUGACUAUCUAGCCUUUCAGAUAUGGUAUCAGCAAGGAAAUCAGGAUAUAACCGCAGUUCAGUUAUGCGAGACUGUGAACUUAACAUGCAAGUUAUUGAAUCGGAGUCACGGAGCAGUGUGGACUGUAGUUUCUGCUCCCAGUGGGCCUUUGUCUAUAAGAAUGCUACUCAGUGGAGGAGAUGAGGGAGACGAGACUUGGGUGGUGCCUGUAAACAACAUUCCACAACAGUGGAAGGCUGGAGAUGUCUAUGAUUCCGGAAUACAAGUGAACUGAUUAUAGCAUCUAUCUAAAUAACGAGCGUGUUGAGACAUUUGUAGCACUUAGUAUAGGAUUUGGAUCCUCUCCACUACAAAAAAGUAGUGGAGAAACCACUACUUUUAAUCUCAA